AUGGAGGCAGCAGAGAUAGUCAACCAAACACAGAAGGUGCUGUCUAUGACAGACGUAAGCGUAGCCGAGAGACUGGAGGUGGUGGUAGACCUGCUGUGCCGAACUUCUUUUGCUCUUGUUCAAGAUCGGCUGAAGCUCGAGGAAGGAAAGACGCGUUUCGGCGACCUCCCAGCUGACUUGCAGGAGAACAUCUUCCAGCGAGCUUUGGGCGACAAUAUGACGCUGUGGGCCUGCAAGCGCGUCGCAAAGAGCUGGCGGGAGAUCUGCACCCAGCUGACCACGUGGCAGUUCAGCGCCGAGGUUCAGUCCUUACGUCAUCCUUGCAACGAAAAGGAUUACCCUGGCUGCCACAGGGGGGGCUAUCAUGAAGCUUACCACCUGAAUUUUCACUUGUCACCUUCUGACGUCUUUCUGGUGGUUCGCACCAGAGGGCGAAAGCACACCGGGCAAUUUUCGGUGAGCUUUCGCGACGCUGGGGGUAAGCCUUGCACCUGGCGCCGCUGGUUGAGCGACCCCCUGAACCUGGAAUCGCCGACCGGGGUACUGGUGGAGAAGAGCUUCGAAAGUGACCGCCAAAGUAAUAGCGAGUUUGUGGUCCAGUACAGGGGGCUAGAGAUUAAGUUUGAAAGUUCCGGAAGGCGGCACUAUGGGGAUGUCAGAGUGGUUCUUGGAAAGGGGCUGAAGAACGAGUCUCCGUGCGCCAAGUGUCGCAACUGGCUGCUGUGGCGUCGAGAUACGUUGAGGCGAGAGUCGCGGAUUGCUAGCAUAGUCGCCAUUGGACCGCAUUGA